AUGCCGCCCAAGACGCUCCGCUACUCCAAUGACGGCAGGAAGCCGCGGCCUGCGGUGGGGCGUGCCAACGGGAAGGCCAACACGAUGGUGGCGUCGACUGCAGCAACCGUAACAGCAGGCGCGCCGUCGUCCUGCUGGCAGGGUAGCAUGCGCCCAACGAGCAGAAUGUCAAUGACGACAAGCGGUGUGCCCGGCAGAGUCAUAUCCGCCACGCCUCUGCGCGACACGGCAGCGGCGGCGGGACGUGGCAACAACAACAACAACAUCAGCAGCAACGGUUCCUACAAGACGCCGCUGCUUGCCACGGAUGAGCGCAGCGGCGACGCUGCCCCGCCGCUGCUGUACCGCACGGACCUGGACAAGCACGUCAUUCACUUCGCCUUCCAGCGGUUUCCGCGCAGCAUUGAGAUCAUGGAGGAAGACGACGUGAUGACGGGCGAUUGGCACUUCUUUUGGAUGAAUGUGGCGCGUGUGCGCAGCAUCUUCUCCACCUCCGAGUACCGCCUGACGGACUCCCAGAUCAUCAACCACUUCCCGAACCACUACGAGCUGACGCGCAAGGAUCUGAUGUACAAGAACAUCAAGAAGUACAUCCGCGAACCCUCCAACGCGCAGCUGCGGGUGACGUUCACACCGCCAGGCAUAAAUGAGGGGGACGAGGGUGACUGCAACCGCAACUGGCUGCGCU